AUGGAAGAACAUCCUACAGCUCAAUGGGAGGCUAUGCAAGACGGAAAUGUCUUUUAUAGGCGGCACCAAAUCUACUCGAUUCCCGGAAAGCUACCCAAUCUGAGCGAUUUCAUUGUCGCUGGCUGUCACUACGGUGGACCAAUAGCAAUUAUGCGCGAUACGACGAAGAUGGUCGCGUUAGGGGGUGCGACAUCCUCGUUCGCCAAAUCGCAGAUCCAGGUCUAUUCUUCAGCUGGGGAGCAACUGCUAGUGUUCAGUUGGGACCAGGGGAAGAUCGUGAGGUUUGGGUGGACUGGCGAUGAGCGGUUGGUCGUGCUCAACGAAGAGGGAGUGUAUCGUCUUUAUGAUCUCCAGGGCGACUAUCAACAAUAUUCCCUCGGCACGGAGGCUGGGGAGGUCGGCAUUCUUGACGCGCGGAUACAUGAGAGUGGCGUUGUGGCUUUGACAGGGUCAUUAACUCUGUUGGAAGUGAAGGACUGGGAGGGUGGCAAGCCACUCACGCUUGCGAAUCCAGGUCUCUCCCAGCUGCCACACUCAUGGACGGUCAUCCCUCCCGACUUCACAAUAUCACGGCACGUCGAGGUGCUACUGUCAGUCGACGCGUCAAUAUAUAGCGUGGACAAUCUCGAGAACAUCGACCAGCGGGUCUCUCGUGGUCCGUUCACACAUGUAUCCCCUUCGCCCAACGGCAAGUCGCUUGCGUUGCACACGUAUUCUGGGCUGCUUUGGGUAGUUUCCACAGACUUCCAGCGCAGCCUCGCAGAGUUUCAUACAACGAACGUCCCUGGAGCGGAUGGCGAUGUCAGACAGGUUGAAUGGUGCGGGAAUGACGCUGUGCUGGUGACGUGGGAUUCGCUGGUUUUGCUCGUUGGGCCAUUCGGCGAUACACUACAAUACUUUUACUCGGGACCGACAUUUGCCAUCACCGAGACUGAUGGUGUGCGGGUCGUGGGACCGGAUAGCUGCGACUUUAUACAGAAAGUGCCACCAUCUUGUGUUUCUGUAUUUCGCCCCGGGUCGACCGCUCCAUCUGCCAUUCUGUAUGAUGCAUGGGAGAAUUUCACACGUCGGUCACCAAAGGCGGACGAGAGCAUCAGAAAUAUUCGCCCUGAGUUGGGCGCUGCUGUCAACGAAUGCAUUGAUGCUGCUGGCCGGGAGUGGGAGCCGUUCUGGCAGAGGCGGCUGUUAAACGCGGCAAAAUUUGGACGCGGAUUUUUAGAUUUGUAUGACCCGACGGAUUUCGUCCAGAUGGGGCAAACGCUCAAAGUGCUCAAUGCUGUGCGAUUUUAUGAGAUCGGUAUACCCAUAACUUACGCCCAAUACAUCAAAGUCGGUCCAUCACACCUGAUCAAUCGCCUGACAGCCCGCAACCUACAUCUACUUGCUCUUCGUAUCUCAUCGUAUCUAUCGCUCAAACCCGAUGCAGUGCUCAAGCACUGGGCCUGUGCGAAGAUUGUCCGGUCAAAGCCGACAGCCACUGGCUCGGGAAGGGACGCAGAAUUAGAUGGUGAUGAUGCUGUUUGCCGUUCCAUUGUGGAGAAGUUUGAGAAGCUUGGAGGAGGUGACGUUAGCUACGCUGACAUUGCGAAGCGCGCAUGGGAAGUGGGGCGAACACAGUUAGCCACGAAACUUCUGGAUCAUGAGCCCCGGGCAUCUGAUCAGGUCCCACUGCUGCUUAGCAUGAAGGAAGAUCGCCUUGCUCUGACAAAGGCUGUGGAAAGUGGGGACACUGACCUCGUGUAUCACGUCCUUCUCCAUCUGCAGAAGAGAUUGCCACUUGGCUCGUUCUUCCAGCUUAUUGAGGAGGGUGGACCGCAGCUCACGCCUGCGAUCAAGUUGCUUCAGGUCUAUGCACGUGAGCAGAACAGGGAUAUGCUCCGUGACUUCUACUAUUCGGAUGAUCGGCGCGUCGAGAGCGCUGUUCUCUGUCUGGAGGAAGCUGCAACAAUGAUGGAUCCUAGUUCGAGAAUCUCAUCUAUCAAGGCGGCACAUAAAUUCUUCUCUGAGGAUAAGGAACGUAGUUUCGAAGCAAAAAUGAUGGACGAAUAUACUAGGCUAUUGACAACGCAGCAGCAGCUCGAGAAAGAGUCCGAUGGCAAGAUCGCUUUCUUUGGCUUGAGCGUAAACGAGACGAUUCGAACGUGUCUCAUUAAUGGUAUGAUCAAGAGGACGGACAAGCUCAAGUCAGAAUUCAAGGUACCGGAUAAACGAUUCUGGUAUGUGAAGCUUCAAGCCCUUACAGCAAUACGAGAUUUCGAGUCCCUUGAGGCAUUUGCACGAUCGAAGCGGAGCCCUAUUGGCUACGAGGCAUUUGUCCGCCAUUUGGUGGACAAGGGACAUUCCAAAGAGGCCCUUAACUAUGUUCCGCGAUGCGACGCGCACAAACGCGUGGAUCUAUAUGUGCUCUGUGGCGAAUGGAAGAUGGCAGCGAAGGAAUGCAAAGAUAGGGGCGACAAAGCGAAGUUGGAGCAACUAAGGAAGUCAUGUCCCAACACCCUCAUUGCAAGAGAGUUAGACCAGGUUGCAGCAUCCAUGAAGUGA